AUCCAUCUGGUUAUCGUAUGCCGCAAAACGUUGGUAAUAACGACAGCGUAUGACCUUUCACCUCUUAGGGACGAUUACACAAUCAAAACUGUGCCGGUGUGUCGACCAAACGAUACCGACCAAACAAGGAGGAAGCUGCCCACCCCUCCAUCCCACAAUUCUGACAUGACCCCUGAUGACCCCACAUGAUGCAGAAGGCACUCCUGGAGCUGCUGGGUCCCUGCAGAGGCUGUAGCUUCACCAGACAGGCAGUCAGGAACUUCAGCACAUCAAGGAACACAUUAGCCAAUUACUAUGAGCUUCUCCAGGUGCAAAGGGAUGCCAGCCCUGCAGAGAUCAAGGCUGCAUUCUUUAAAAUGUCUAAAAAGUACCACCCAGACAGCAAUCCCAACAACCCAGAGCUCCACAAACAGUUUGUCCAGCUGAACGAGGCGUACAGUAUCCUGAGUAAGAGCCUGGCCAGGAAACACUACGACCAGAGCCUUCGCAUGGGGACAAAGUUUCAGACCACCAACGUUCCUCCCAGACCCAGGCCUGACUACCCAUUUGGUCCUGGUGGAAGCCAUGGCCAUGGUCCAUUUGAACAAGGGAGAAGCCAGAGUCAAAACUACUACUAUUACGACUUCAAGGCAGCCAGAGAAGGGGGUGGUAAAAGAUACAGUGGCUCCACCAGCCAUGCUAAGAUGAUGGCUGUCUGUCUGUCAGUACUUGGAGGCGGAUACCUUCUCACCAUAUUUGUCUAUAUAUUUGUUGUGAAGGGAUUCGUGUAUAGUCAAGUUCUGGAGCAGGACAGGCAAGCCAGGCUGGCAUAUGCUAUGGCCAAGGAGAAUGCCAGCUACAAAAGGUUCAGACUGGAGGAUAUCCAGGCCUGACAAACACAAUACCAGAGUGUGCACCACUCAGCACGGCCUAAUCCUCCUUGACACCGUUGCGCAACCACUUCCCUGUCAGCCAUGGAGACUUGCAUGAUUAACAGGGUCCCCACAUGUGGCUUUUGUUGGUGUGGUUUAGGGGUUGAAGGGGUAGACUGCUGUUAAAGGCUGGGCCUGACUUUCACACGGACCUGCUGUAGAAAUACAGGAGUCAAAGAAAUCUGUCUCUAGACCUGUCUCUUUGAGGGAGUAUGUAGAACUUGAACUUUCGUUCCCUGAACAAUCUUUAAUGCUCAAACCUGUAAUCAGCUCUGAUGUUGACACCAUGAAGUAUUGUGAGCCAGCACCUUGUCAUAAUAUGGACUCGGAUAAACACUUCAUAGUACAGUUGAUUUAUAUCCUCCCUAUAAUAGAUGAUAUCAAGCUGUUGGCUACUGAAUGAAUCAACAAUUUUUGCUGAGCCUUGCAACUUUGUCAUUACUGUCAAAAGAAGCCAAAUGCUCCUUCAUCUGUCCACUCUGCAAGAAAUAUUCCGUUAUUUUUCUUGCUUGGUAAUGACAUAUAAACCCCUGUGAGCAUCUGCGCUGACAGUGUCAGUCCUAUUCUCCAAGCAGAGGUUUGGUCGGGAGAUUGUAGUGGCUGUGAUUUUUCACCGGUCCCUCCUCGGCCACUAUCAUCCCCUGACCCAACCUCUGCUUGGAGAAUAUGUCAGUCCAUGCAUUGUUCUCUCCUACAUGGGCCAGCUGUAUCUCCUUUUAUGGCAAGGAACUAUUAAACUAUCAAAGCUUUACUGACAAUUAAUCAUAAAGGUAUUCAACAUCAUAACAAAGCAUAUUGAUGAGUUAGUUUCAUUUUGCCCCAAUUUUGAUUUGGUGUAUAGGGGCUAUAGCCAUUGGAACACACAAACCACUACAGCAGGGGGCUAGUCCAUUAAUCGUGGAGUGUGUUCAACUUCCAUAGUCCUUCUCAUGAGUGCUGAGUGCUAAGCAGACAAGACAGGAUGUCAGACUUGUCAGUCAUUGGUAUGACCCAGCCGG